AUGCAUUGCAACUACUACAGAAUCUCCUGUGAGGGCUGUGGAUACAGCUCUCGCUGGAAAUUUGGCUGUAGAUAUGGUUGUGGCUCUGGCUCUGGCUGUCGAUACGGCUCUGGCUGUCAAUAUGGCUCUGGAUAUGGAACUGACUGUGGUUAUGGCUGUGGAUACGGCUCUGGAUAUGGAACAGGCUGUGGCUAUGGUUGUGGAUACGGCUCUGGAUAUGGAUUUGGCUCUCGCUAUGGCUGUAGAUACAGCUCUGACUGCUGUGGCUGCCGACCAUUUUGUUACAGAAGAUGCUAUUCCUCUUGCUGCUAA